CUGAAAAAACAAGAAACAAACCCGUGAGUUGAGCUCUCUCGCUUUCCCGCAGCGAAUCAUUUAUUUGUGGAUUAUUCAGUAGAUUUCCCAGGACCAGCCCUCCCAAGCCGAGAAGUUGCGUUACUUCCUGGACCAUGGGCACCUUCAAGUACAGCCAUGUGGGCCCAACUAGCCCAAGGGCGGCAAGCGCAGACGACAACAAUGAUUCGACCAAGGCGUGGUCCAAAUUGUUGAUUGUGGCGCCGUUCUUUCAUUUCUUUGUGGAUCCUUUGACACUGGUUCUUCCUCAAGGUCUUAUUUCCGCGAUUGUCAAAGUGUCAACCAUGUGGCGAAGAUUUUUGACCAAGAGACCCUUUUGUACUCCUCUCCUGUCGGACAUUACUGUGGCCCAUGUACUGCUCUGCAUUCCCUUGUUUUACUGGUUUGUCGCGGCUACCGAUUUGGCCUUCAAAGCACCCACGUCGCACCAUUCCUUAAAGCACAGCGGCAAAAUGACAUCCUAUGCCAUGGCAUUUUCUUUUUUGACUGCCAGCAAGAGUCAUUCCUUGGUAUCUCUCUUGACCGGACUUAGCUUUGACCGACUCGUGAAUUUUCAUCUGGCCAGCUCCCUCUUGUCGCUAUGGAUGGGUUAUCUCCAUGGCAUUAACAUUGCCUACUACCAUCGAGGAGAUAACAAGACGCAUCAUCACCACGACCAUGAUGACCACCACCACAGCCAUGACGACCAUGAUGAACACCACCACGACGAAAAUGACGAGGACCAUCACAGCCAUGACGAUCAUGAUUCUCACGAUCAUGGGCAUCACAGGAGACUCCAUCAUGAUUCGAUUCAUGCCUACUUGGGUACAGAUCCCAAUAUCUCCAAGUUUUUCUUUGACGGAGACAGAAACACCAGUGGAUUUUUCGUCUUGGUCGCGUUAGCAAUCUUGGUCCUUACCAGCGUCUUUCAUCCCCUAUUUCGAAAAUGUUGGUUCGAAGGAUGGUUGAUUUAUCAUGUGACUUCGGCUGUCAUUGUUCUCAUUGCGGGAAUGGUGCACGGGGCGGAUAUCUUUGUCUUUUGCAUCAUCUGGUGGGCAUUGGACUUGCUCAUUCGAUACGGGGUCAUGGUUGCGACCCGGUAUCCCAAACAAGCCAAAGUCACUCGGGUGGCGGAAAAUAUCACCAUGAUCCAAUUUCCAAAAACCAACAAUUUUCAAUUCCAGGCGGGACAGUUUGUGCAAGUGGCAGUGCCAUCUGUGCGCCUGUGGGAAUUCCAUCCAUUCUCCAUUGCGAGUAGUCCCGAUGAGUCUCAUAUCACCCUCUACGUCCGAGCUCUCCCCGACGCCAAAACCUGGACGAGAAAAUUGUAUGAUUUGGCGGCUCCUCUGGAUGAGAAUAAAAUCAGUACCAUCUCGCAUCGAGCAUUUCUGGAAGGACCCUAUGGGAGUCUUCCACCCAUUCUGGACGAUUCCUGUGCUCGUGAGUAUUCCAUGGCGGUGCUCGUUAGUGGAGGGAUUGGUGUCACUCCUUGCUAUGGCAUUGCCAAAUGCCUGUUGGCCACGCCGCCACCAUCAUUGCAAAAAAUUCGCUACAUUUGGAGUGUGCGGGACGAGGGUAUGGUCCAGGCCAUUCCCCCACCAACGUUGCCGGAAUCUGGGGUGGCUGGUUUGGGUGGUGCAAAGACCACAACUUCUAGCAUCGAAAAUGGCAUAGAGUUGGUAGAACGAGGUAGCAGUAAUGGAACUGACGAGAACGAGGAAAACGAGGCAGUGCUCAACGGCGAAGAGAGCAACGGCUUGGAUGAAACAGUGUCGGCACAGCGAUCGUUGGCUCUGCAGACCGAUAUCUAUAUUACUCAAAUGGACAAGUUCGUCGAAGAUGGCGACGAGGAAACGGAUAAUGCAAAAGAAGCGGGGGCAACGGAGACCCAACAACCACACCUACCGUACACGAUCCAUCGCGAUGGAAGGCCCGAUGUCCAUGCCAUCAUGAAACAAGUUCACGAUGAGGCGUCGAAGCAAGGUUGGGGCCGUGUGUUUGUCAUGGGAUGUGGCCCAUUUUCUCUUCUGGAAGAGCUUCAAGUUGCUUGUCGAAGAAGUCAAACCAAGGAAGUUCAGAUUGAUUUUCACCAGGAAGUCUUUGACUACUAAAGGAGCAGAUCUAAUAACCACACAGAUUGGGUUCAAUCACUCAUGCAUGCAACCAAUAGAAAACACCACUCAUACGUUCAAUUUGAGCAUUUCAAUUUGAGCAUUUCAUUUCAGCUGAAAGAUAAAACACACUGGCGUGUUUGUGAGGGCCUUUUUAGUGCUUUUUGUGCCCAACAUGAGCAGUCCGUACGGUAGAACAGUGUGUUCGCAAGUUCCUGUGAUAUCCGUAUUGGCCUGCCACCAAGAAGAAGUGCAAUAGCAAAACUCAUGGCCACAGCAAGAAUAUAUAUAUUUUGACAACAUAGGAUAGAGGCUGCCCUCAACGAAAUUGGAAUAGAUUGCCUUGAGACGGCCAACCAGCUUCAGCUAGCCAGGUACCAGUACCUACCUGUUUUUUCAUUGUUCUCACUCAGUUUGGUUUGGCAUUACGUCAAGGAAAUCUUGCGGAGUCGAGUGACAGUCAACUGCGUUUGUGCACGCACAAUGUGGACUGCCUUUGUCAAGCUCUCCUCCGAUCUUCCUUGAUUUUGAUCGCACCUACCGGUAUUGGUAGCUAGUAGUACAUGUAUGUAGUACCUAACUACCAGUAGCUAGCUAGCUAGCAGACUAGCUACGCUUGCCCCAGGUGCGAUACGGGACU